CAUGGCAAAAUUCUGCUUUGAAUGUAGAAAAAAAAUUAAUAAACUAAAACAAGGAACAUGUUCUCAUUGUUCUCACAAACUUCAUUGGACAUGCUUAUCAGAUGGAUUAUGCUCCAUUUGCUCAUCUAUUCAAAUCAGAAGUUUGAAAAUUGUUUUGAGAAGGUGUGAUAAUAGUUGUACAAUCAAAGAUGCAACUAAAGAAUCUACUAUUGAGGGAAAUAUUAAAGAGCCAAUAAAAAAUGCUGUAGAGAAAGAUAAGACAUUAGCAAACAUUACGGUUACUUCUAUGGAUGUUGAUCAUGAACAAGUUGUUUCUCAUUUCUCAGCAGAUGCUAUUGAAGCAAAUGAGCUACCUUUAAAAGACAUGAACACAGAUGAAAUCAACUGUGCUGCAUCAACUAUGGAGGCAACUUUGGAUGAUGAGAGAAUACCAACUGUUGAAGAUGUUGAGGAUUCCUUUGAAAGUUUACCAGAGGAGAUUGAUGAGGCAGAUGGUCAUUUCAAAGUAUUUGAAAAUGGAAGUCAAAGAGAAAAAAAGUUGCUUGUACACAAUAAUAAUUCUUUUACUAUAAAAGGACAGUACAAAAGUAGUACUAUUUGGAUAUGUAGUGUCAGGAACAAGAAAAUCAGAUGCCCUGCCAGUAUAAUUCAAAGAGGUAGCAAUUUUCACUUAGGUUCUAAAUCACACAUUCAUCCACCUAAAAAAAACUUAGAGCAAAACAUUGAAAUUAAACUGACAGCAAAACAAAGUGGAAAAUGUAAUAUUAAUGUAAGUGGAAAAAGAUUAGCUGAAAAUGCUAUACUCCCAUAUGCAAAUAUGGGCAAUAUCUUGAAGGUAGAUACUUGUAAAGAAAUGAUUAAUUACCAUAGAAGAAAAACUCAGCCUACUGAACCUAUUGGAAGAAAUUUUCUUUUAAAUAAUACUUUCAUACCAGAUGAUUUUUUAAGAAAAGAUAUUUUUGAAAAUGGUGAAAGAAUCAUUAUUUUCUCCACAUUGAAGCAACUCAAUCUGCUUUCAGUUUCAAAAAUUUGGUAUGUGGAUGGAACUUUUAGCAUUGUAAAACAACCUUUCAAACAGCUGUUUUCUAUUCAUUCAUUUUUGAAGAAAGAGGGAGCAUUAAAACAAGUUCCUCUACUCUUUGCUUUUAUGACAUCAAAGAAGAAAAAAGCAUACAAUAUUUUGUUUAGGGUAAGGACACUAAAUGAACUUUUGGAAUACAAAACACCAAAGAAAAUUGUUCUGGACUAUGAAAGAGCAGUAUGGAAAGCUGCAUUAGACAAUUGGGAAAGUGUUACACUAACAGGCUGUUUAUUCCAUUGGAAUCAAGCUGUUUACAGAAAAAUUCAGGAACUUGGAUAUUCAUCAGACUUUAAAAAAAAAAGAGGACAGUGGUUUGAAAUGAGGCAGCUUAUGGCAUUACCAUUUCUUCCAUUUCACAUAAUUCCAAUAGAAUUUGGAAGAAUUAAGGAUUACCUUCAAUCAGUAAAAAAACUAGGUGAUCUAAUAAAGUACUUUGAAAGGAAUUGGAUGAUGGAUAGAAUUUGGUCACCAAAGCAAUGGUCAAUUUAUAAAAAUGCUAUUAGAACUAAUAAUGAUGUGGAGGGGUUCCAUAAUCGGCUAAAUGGCAAUUUAAGAGCAAAUUCUUCAUUCUAUUUGGUAGUAGAUGAAUUAAAACGAGAGGCAGAUCUUAUCCCAGCAUAUCAAAGAAUGCUAUCAGAGAGAAAGAUAUUAAGAUAUCAAAGAAGACAAUAUAAAAAUAUGCAGAAUGAAAUAUUUAAAAUUUGGGAGAAAUUUGAAGCUCAUCAGAUGACUUCAUCACAAGUUUUGGAAAAAUGUUGUCAACUCUACUCAGAAAUGAAAUGA